ACAUCAGCCAUUAAAUAAAACCUUUUCCAGUACAUUUCCACAAAUUCACACGCACACGCACACGCACACGCACUAACAAAAAAGUUAGUUCCUUGUCCAUAUAAUUAUAUACUACCAAAAUAUAAGUGGAGGAACCAUAAUACGAAAAGAAUCAAGAUUCUCUUAAGAAAAAAGAGAAACAAUGGGGAACAACAUAGGAGGAAACAAGAAGAAAACAAAGGUGAUGAAGAUUAACGGCGAAAUCUUGAAACUCAACACACCAAUAACAACCUCGGACGUAGUUAAAGACUACCCAGGUCAUGUUUUAUUGGAACCAGACCAAGUGAAGAAAUUUGGAAUUAGAGCUAAACCAUUAGAGCCACAACAAGAACUGAAGCCAAACAAAAUAUAUUUCCUUGUUGAAUUGCCUAUGUUUCCUAAAGAGGAGAUUACUAGUAAGGUUACUAGAAGGGUGAAAUCUGCUGUUCAGAUGAGUGCAAAGGAUCGGCUAGAGUGCCUUAUGUUGAGCAGAAGAUCGGCUUCUGAUAUGGCGAUUUCGAAGACGAAUAAUGGAGCUGCUGUUCAGCUGAAGAUGAAGCUGCCAAGAGAUGUAGUGUUGAAGCUGAUUGAAGAAAGCAGAGAUGAAAGAGAAGUUGCUGAGAAAAUUAUGGAUCUUUGUAUGCCCAAUUCCAGUUAUGUCAGUUAGUUUUUGCUUGGUUUAAGGUUCUUUAACUUUUUUCUUUUUAUGUUUGGUUGUGACUUGUGAAGUACAGAUGAUAGGGUUAAGAAUUUAGUUCAAAGAAUUGCAUAUAGUUUUACAGGACUUUCUGCUUGCUUUUCUAUUUUUGUUUUACAUAACAAUCUGUUUAUUUUCUGGUAGUGUUGUUAUAUAUUGAUCUUCUUGUUAA